UUAUUGAAUAAGUAAUGCAUUGAUAAAACAACAAACACCAAUAUGGAUCCAAGCGAAGUUGUAUUUCUUGCUGAAAAAAAACUUGUCACGAUAGUGCCAAAUUUUAGUUUCGGUGCAAUACAUUUGAUAGCCGGUAGUAUAGGACCAUUUCGUGCUGGUUUACCUUUAAAAGUUCCAAUUUGGCUGGCAGUAAAUUUAAAACAACAACAAAGAUGUCGUAUAGUUAAUCCAGAAUGGAUGGAAACCGAAAAUUUAGAGGAGGUUGCAGAAACGGAAAAACUUUCCAAAUUGUUCACACCAAUGCCAAGCAGUCAUUACAUGGACGAAGCUCAACUUUUACUUAGCGUAGCAAGUGACGAUAUACACGGAUCAGAAAAAAUAAGAACGGCUAUUAAAGAUAUAUGGGAUUUAAGAAUGUCUAAAUUACGUACAUCUGUAGAUUCAUUCAUAAAAAGUGAUACGACACACGCAAGACUUGAUCAUCUUACCAUGAUGGAAAUCAAUAGUAUACGUCCAUUAUUACCACAUACUUUAGAUCAGAUAUUAAGAAUUCAAUCCAAUAAUAGCAAUGCAGGAAAUACUACUACUUCUCAAUAAAAAAAAAAAUACUCUACUCAUUUUUCAUGACAAGGAUAAAAA